AGAAACAUUAGAAAAAGACACAACUUGUAAGUUCUUACGAAGUUUCAAGUCCCAAACAAACAAUUCUCCAAGAAAAUAAAUAUCUUAAAAUACACUAUAUUACGUGAAACACCCGAUAAAAAAAACAAGAACAUCAUUAAGAAACGGAGAGAAUAGUUAGCAUCGUCUUCUCCAUAAAUAUCAUGCUAUAUUAUCAAACCAUAUAGUAGUAGUAGUAAAUAUAUGCAAAAUUAAUGAAAAUGUAUUCGGCCUCGCCAUAUAAUAAUAAUAAUAAUAAUACUAGUGCACAAGGAUUACCAUAUCCUGUAGCACCGAUGAACAACAUUGCAGCAGGACGGCCUUGUCCACCAUCGCAUUACAAUGCUACGGUUGGCCAUGGUGGGACCGCCGCGACGCCAUGGUCAACCGGACUGUGUCAUUGCUGUGAUGACCCAGCCAACUGCUUGGUUACUGCCUUUUGCCCCUGCAUCACCUUUGGCCAAAUCGCUGAGCUUGUUAACCAGGGUAAUCCAGGUUGUGCAGCAAGUGGAACAAUUUACGGGUUACUAAUGGGAUUUCCAGGAUUGCCAUGCUUAUAUUCAUGCUUCUAUCGGUCAAGGUUGAGAGGGCAAUAUGUGUUGGAGGAGUCACCUUCUGCUGAUUGUUUGGUUCACUUCUGUUGUGAGCCUUGUACACUUUGUCAAGAAUACCGUGAGCUCAAGAACCGUGGUUUUGACAUGGGCAUAGGUUGGGAGGCUAACAUGGAAAGGAAGAAGGCAGGGAUAACAGUAGCUCCUCCAAUUGGCAUUAUGAUGCGUUAAUUCAUCAUUUUUGCCAUAAUGGAAUCGUUGGAAAUGUUAUGCCAGAGGAACUGCGUGAUCAUCGAUCCACAAUAUGUUCGUGUUAUUUCCAUGAGAAUGCAAUUACUAGGGAUAAACCCUCUCGGGAAAAUAAAAUGUAAUUAAAGAAAAUGCUCCACUAUCUCCAUCCUCCAUGGCUCCAUGUAUGAUGUAUGACAUGACUACAUGAGUUCAGUACUACAGUAAUGGUUGAGUAACUUGAGUUACAUAUAA